CCUAUAAAUAGUCUCUUAAAAAUCAGCAAAUAUCACACAUCAUUUUUAGUCUUGUUUUCAAACGCAAACCCUGAAUUCAUAUGUCUCACAGGUCUCACGUUCCUCAUUACUCUUCUAUAGCUUUCGGCCUCCAUUCCCAUCUCCUCGUCUCCAGUGAGAUGAUCUCCAAUUCCAACUGGUCUCAUUAAUAAUAAAAUCUACUCUCCUCAAUUCGUCUUCUCUAAUUUUAGCCGAUUCUUUGAUUAUAAACCAACCAAUCUAAUUCUUUUUUGUGCUAACCAAAUAAAAUCAUGGGAGUGAAAGGAUUCGUAGAGGGUGGAAUCGCAUCCAUUAUCGCUGGAUGUUCAACCCACCCUCUCGACCUUAUCAAAGUCCGAAUGCAACUUCAAGGCGAACCCGCUAUCGCCCCCACCACAACCACCGCCCUCCGUCCCGCUCUCGCCUUCCACCCGUCUUCCGUGCCCCACACAAUCACCCUCCCCACCCAACCCCCACCCCCUCGCGUCGGCCCUAUCGGCGUCGGCGUCCGUAUCGUCCAACAAGAAGGCGUCGCCGCCAUGUUUUCCGGCGUUUCCGCUACCGUACUCCGACAAACCCUCUACUCCACCACCCGAAUGGGCCUCUACGAAAUCCUCAAAACCAAAUGGACCGACCCACAAACCGGAUCCCUCACUCUCGGUCGUAAAAUCGCCGCCGGUCUCGUCGCAGGCGGAAUCGGCGCAGCCGUCGGUAACCCCGCCGACGUCGCCAUGGUCCGCAUGCAAGCCGACGGCCGCCUCCCACCGUCGCAACGCCGGAACUACAAAAGCGUCGUCGAAGCAAUCCAAAGAAUGGUAAAAGACGAAGGAAUCACUUCUCUGUGGCGCGGUUCAAGCCUUACGGUGAACCGCGCCAUGCUCGUAACUGCGUCGCAAUUAGCGUCGUACGAUCAGAUCAAGGAGUCGAUAAUUGAUCGUGGGGUGAUGAAGGACGGGCUUGGGACCCACGUAACGGCUAGUUUUGCGGCGGGGUUUGUGGCGGCGGUGGUUUCGAAUCCGGUGGAUGUGAUUAAAACAAGGGUUAUGAAUAUGAAAGUUGCUAGUGGUGAAACGGCGCCGUAUAAUGGUGCUCUUGAUUGUGCGUUGAAGACCGUCCGAUCUGAGGGGAUCAUGGCUCUUUACAAAGGGUUCAUUCCUACCAUUUCUAGGCAGGGCCCAUUUACUGUUGUGCUUUUCGUUACUUUGGAACAAGUCCGUAAACUCCUCAAAGAUUUCUAAUUAUUUCAAAAUUAGAAAAUAAUAAAAGGGUAAAAUGGUAAUUUAAUUAAUGAUGAUGACGAAGAUAAUUAGGAAAGUUAAAUGGUACAUUUAAUGUUUUUGUUGGGGGUUCCUUGAACUUGGGGAUUAUAGGAGUGUGAUUUGGUACAGUGUUUAACAGCUGUUUGGGGGGUAAGUUGGUAAUUUCGUAUUCAGUGUGUUGAAAUUGUAAUAUUCGUUGCGUAUGUUCUCGAGAUGUUUCAACUAGUAUGAUUAAAAAUUGGAGUUUGUGAUUUUGUUUUUUGAAUGGAGUAUGUUUUUUUGAUAUCAUGUUUGUGUUAGGUGUUGAUCUAUUAUACGGAGGAUUUGUUUAAUUUAAAAAGAUUUUGUUUGUUGGUUAAUUUGGUGAUUGCGUGAGAAGUUGAUGUGUAAGAUGUUUGAUCGACAAAGGAGAGAUGUUUAUUUGAAAUCAAUUUGUGUAUUCAAUCAA